AUGGUGCGCCCUAGUCGGACCAACCCGUCUACUGAAGGUGUAAACCUGCCGCCAACAUGCCUACUUUGUCAAAUGGUGAUCCCAUCUACUUAUGACACUGGAAUCGCGGACACUAAAGAGGAGGAUCAGUUGCUCAAAGAUCGGCAGCCGUGGAAAAGUUAUUGGAGGUCUAGCCAUAAACAUGUCAUGGUGCCCUCUGCGAGAGUCGAAGAGGCAGAUUUCGGUGAUUUACCUCGACUCUGGUCAUGUUUCUGCCGAGCUAUCAUCAAGGAGUCAGACACUAAAUAUCGUUUAACGGGUAUCAAUAUGGUACAACACAAAGCAAGCGAUCCAUACAACUUCCCAACUGACCCGAACGUCGCAAGAAUUGGAGGCAGAAGAAACGGGCGAUGUGAUCCUCAAAUAUUCACAUCGUGCAUGGCGGCGAGGCCAGGAAGACAGCCAGUCAAGUAUAAAGGGAAGCGACUCGGCUUUAUCAUACACGCUCAUUGCUGGGUACUUUUUGGUCGAACCAUCGAGACGCCACUGAUCGAGAUCAACCUCGAGAGGUUUAUCAAAGCUCUCCGAUCGCACUGGCGAAAGUCAAAAUUAAAGGAUCUAGUCGAUGACAAAUUUUACCUGACACCUGGCCCGAACCAAGUCUCACCGGAGCUUCAGCUCGGGUGUGAUAUUCAUCGGAAUCCAGUGAUCGUACCAGUUCUGCAAAAGGUCAUUACCGACGCACUCAACCGCGACGACUUUUCGACUCACCCCCAGGCCUGUUUUGAUAGGCUUCCGGCAGAACUUACUCAUUUGAUUUCGGAAUGGGUCUUACCCAUUGAGUAUACCUCGGAUGAUGUCCGAAACAUGCGGAAUAUGCUCCUCGCCUUCGGGUGGGAUUUACCAGGUUGGUUUUGGCGAAGGCGGUUAGCAGAAGAUCUCUUCUUCGAGCUGGAAGUUUUGAGGAAGUCUUGCUUUCCUCCUCCGGCUUGGAUGAAGUUACAGAUGAUGCGACUUGACGUGAUGUAUCUCACCUUCGAUCGAACGUGGUAUCCUCACAGUGGACUGGCAAACCGCAAGCGUAUUCUCGAGAGUAUAGUUGCGAUUAAGAAUGGCUUGGGAAUUGUUUGA